AAGAUGCACAACAUCAUGAUCUCCAUCGUCGGCAAGGCCGCCCGCGAAGAUGUACGCUCCACCACCAAUACAACUCACCAGAGCACAGAUCGAGAAGUUGAAGCAGGAAGCGGCAACCAGGCAAGCAGCAAAGAGAGCAAGUACCGAGAGCAAGGACUCGAGCGAACAGAAACCGCGAUCAAUACCGAAUUCGCCUAAUGGAGGCACUCCACGAAAGGGACGCCUUGGACUAGGCGGCAUGCGUAAAGUCUCGAAGCCGAUAACCGCACCCCCAACCUCUGCGCUACCACCGCCAGCGCGCAGACCCGGAGCUGAGGAGAGGGACACCGUAAAGCGACCCAGUCAACCAGACGUUGAGAAGACUUCUACUGCUGUCACUUCACCCAGUCAUCCUGGUGUCCGUGCCGAGAGGCGUGCUGGUUCGCCGCGCAAAGCGCCCGUGCCACCAAGGCGACCGCCUCGACCUUCCAGCCCGUUGUUCACGCCCUCAGUGCUCGGAUCUUUCCCUCUGUCAGACGGCCCGUCGGACUUGACACCUGAGAGAAGCCCACCUCCAGUACCAGAAAAGUCGCCACGGAGGCAGGAUAGUAGUACACAGCUAUCGCAGCAAGUGCAGCCAAGCCCUGGACCAGCAGCUUCCCAAGAAGUGGUGUUGAGACGGUCCAUUGUGCAGCUUAGCAUCCAGGACGCGCAUAGUGGCGUGGAAGAUGUACGGUCACCAGAAGUAUUGCAUUCUUCGAAGGCAGGCGUCGUCAUCUCUGCUGCGAAUGGCAAGUUGAGCCCGAAGCCGGCAAAGAAGCUCGCGUUCACAGAGCCAGCUUCCAAGAGUGAACAUGUCAACCAUCGGCCAGCGGUGCAGAGCGGCAAGGUGGAGAAGAUACCACGGAAGCGAGCAAGCGCAGCUGAUGCACUGGAAGCGACACUGCUCGAGCUUGAGUAUCCUGGCUUGCAGAGUCAGCCUCGACGUGCAACAGAGAGUUCCAGCAAAGCGGCAAGUGUGCUCUCGCCCGCCGCGCCUUUUGCAGAGGCGCAUAUACCAUGGAAACGAAGAGCCAAAGGGGAGACCAUGAGCAUGCUGCUUGAUGCCGGAUUUUUUCCACUAGAUAGCAGCAGUGUGCGCAAACGUGCAUUUGCCAACCUUCACGUCAAGCCACCGCCACCAUCACCGUCGCCGUACUUGGACAAGGAGCUGCCGGACACGCCUGAUAGCAUUGCUGCCACGCCGACUGAAGUGUACCCUGGAGAGAAGCAAAGAGUGCUCCCACCUAUCCCCAAGGUGCGCAAGACCGUCAAGCCAAGAAGAAGUCCACUUGCACCGGUUGUGACAACAAGCGGCAGAGCAAAUGGCAGCGCGGGUCCGUUAGUGGACCCCACUGUACGCUUGUCAUCAAUCCCGGAGUCAAUGAGCGUGACGGAGAACUCACCACCUCCGUCUGCCUCUUCCGGUGUGACAACUCUGGUAGCCACGCAACUCCACCUGAAGGGAGGCUCGGUCUUGACGGUCACGCCACCUGAACUAACGGCUUGGGAGCGGCACGUAUACAUUCAGGGUGCUAUACGACUUCCCAAGCCUGCUAUCAUGCCGCGGAAGAACUCUAUUGCAAGUCUCGAGCCGUUUCAGGAUGUGAUCGAGCACGUCUACCAGCACGCCUUGCACGUACCACGAAGGCGAAGCGACGAUGCCGUAGUCGAAGAUAUCUGCGAGUGGUUCGACGCUUUUGGCUUCGAAGAUAUCGCUUAUAGAGGCGAUGUGCGCAUGCUAGAUUACAAUGAUAUUGGUGAAGUGGAUGACCUGGGAAACGUGAUUGGCCCAACAGACAAGGGCUACAGCACGCCGUCAUCUGAGCCGACCGCAAGCCCGCUACAGAAGGGCAUGGCCAGGGAAGUAGUGGCGGCGUUGAAGUCACCAAUGCCUCCACAGCCACCAAUACCGCCCGUUGAGACCGAAGAGACUCUACGCGCAAGAGGCAUUGCCCGUUUGUCCCAAGGGUCACGUGGCAGUACAUCGUCGCGGAAAGAGUCCCUUACAUUAGGUAAAGCAGAAGCCAUUGCGUCGUUCACACCGCUUCCGGAGAUCAGCAUGUUAGUACCAGCAAGUCCAACUGUACCCUUGGCGAGUGCAGCCAGUAUAGCACGAAAGAUGUCCGGCAAUCAAGGCGGCAUGGAGUGGGCUGACGAUAUUGCAGAGAUUGACGAGCACUCAGCAUGGGUAGCAUCAGCGUUCAUCCGUAGGCAUCCAGUGCACAAGAGAGUUCCGAGCAAAGAGUCCCGGGGUCCGGUAGGAAGUAUGCGGUGGCUUAUGUCGGCGGUGUAGUUUUGAUGAUAGACGGUACGAGGAGCGUCUGUGGUAGAUCUCAAUGCAUAGCGUACUCAACACGUUGCUUCCACGUUCUUGUCCGUCAGUAGAUCAAGCCAUGCCAUCACUUGUACCACAUAAGAUGGCCUUUGGAUGACGAGGGCCAGCUCGAGACCUUUCUAUGUUUCUUGCACAGAGGAGCAGCGACUGCAUCGUCCCGACUGUCCAAAGGCCCUUCGGACGACCCUCAUAUGCAAACGGCAGCGUUCUCACGCAAGCCGUGUCACCUGUGAAGGCGCUGAACUACGAUAAGGCGUCACGAUCUC